CACUCUGCAGCCGACACACGAGCCACCUGCCCCGGACCCUUUACCGGAGACACCCCGCUGGGAAAACAACUCCCGGAAGCUCCGGAGAAAAACACCUUUUUGGAAAACUUUUCGGUUUUGACUUUUUUUUGUUGGGAGGAAUUAUUAAUGUCGCAAUUCUGCAAAGAGGAAAAACAACGUGUGUGUCUUUCAGUUCUUUGGAACUGAUGUGAAACUUCUUCAUGAACUCGUGGAUCUAACAAAAGCUCUCUGAUCUCCUCCAAUAAUAAUCAAUAAUCCUUUCUGGUAGAUCUCUAAUAAAUCAACACGGAGUGAUUGAUGAGGUUCCAUUGACCGUCAGUAACAUUCACUCAUUUAUUCUCUAAGAUUCAUCAAAGAAUCCACGAACGUGUUUCUUUGUUCAGCGUGGAGGAAACUACUUUAAACUUCUCUGAACCUCCGCGUGUCCUCCCGAGGAGACGCGGACAGUCCUCCCCAGGAGACGCGGACAGUCCUCCCGAGGAGACGCGGACAGUCCUCCCCAGGAGACGCGGACAGUCCUCCCCAGGAGACGCGGACAGUCCUCCCCGCCGUCCGUGCGCCAUGAAGCGGCCGUGUGAGGACAGCAGCUCGGCGGACAGCGAGGUGGAGGAGACCAUCGAUGUGGGCAGCGAGAGCGUUUAUCACGGGCACACGAAGCCGUCCUUCAUGAGAUGUGGAUCACCGACCACGACCACUCAAGUGAUGGCCAGGAAAAAGCGCAGAGGGAUUAUCGAGAAGAGACGCAGAGACAGAAUCAACAGCAGUCUGCUGGAGUUACGGAGACUCGUCCCCACGGCCUUCGAGAAGCAGGGUUCAGCUAAACUGGAGAAGGCAGAGAUCCUGCAGAUGACUGUGGACCACCUGAAGGUGCUGCAGGCCACCGGAGGGAAAG